AUGACAAUUCCAAUCAUUGAUCUCAGUCCAUUGUGGGAUUCAUCUUCCAGUGGUUUAUCAAAAGUUGCACAAGAAUUUACAUAUGCAUUUCAAGAAAUAGGCUUUGCUUAUAUUGUCAAUCAUCGUGUACCGCAAUCAAUAAUUAAUGAAGUUUUUUGUCAACAUCGUCGUUUUCAUGCAUUACCAUUAGAAGAAAAGAAUAAAAUUCGUUUGAAUCAAUGGCAUAGAGGAUAUCUUCCAUUAGCAUCCUAUCAAAUCAAAUCUGAAUCGAAAUCUAAAGGAAUUUUAGUAGAAGAUACAAAAGUAAUUGUUAAAGCUCCUAAUCAAAGUGAAUCAUUUAUUAUUAAUCAUGAACAUUUUGAAGGACCAUCCGAUUUAAAAGAAGAAGAAUUAUAUAAUCGAUUCAUACAAGGUCCUAAUCAAUGGCCACAUGGUAUGCCAGAUUUUCGAGAAGCUGUACUAUCUUAUUAUCAUGAAUUAGAAAAAUUAGCUCUUGAAUUAACAAAAGUUUUUUUUGCUACAAGUCAAACUGAUUUCAGUCGAUUUGCUAAACAUUUUGAACGACCAUCAAUUGGUUUUCGUAUGCUUCAUUAUCCACCACAACCUUCACCAAUACCAGAAGGUGUUUUUGGUAGUGCACCCCAUUGUGAUUAUGGUUUUAUAACAAUUUUAGCUCAAGAUGAUAUUGGUGGUUUAGAAGUAAAAACACCAAAUGGUGAAUGGAUUUCAGCUCCAAAUAUGAUUUCAUCAAAUGGUGAAUCUGCUUUUUUAAUUAAUCUUGGUGAUAGCGCUUCGAAAUGGACAAAUGAUUGUUUACGAGCAACUCCUCAUCGUGUUAUUAAUCGUUCCGGUCGUGAUCGUUAUUCAAUCGUCUUUUUCUGGGAUCCUCAAUUAGAUUUUCCUAUCGAUACGCGCGAUUUAGGAACACGAUGGUGUCCAGCAGAACAGAAGCCAAACUAUGAACCGCAAACAUAUGGGCAACAUCUGAAAAAAUUGUUAUCUCGUAAUUAUGAUGAAUUAUAUAAAACAAUUGAUGGCACUAGUAAUAAAGAUGAUUCAAAAGUAAAAAGUUAG